CUAUAAAACCACAUAUAUACUAGCCUCAAUAUCUCUCACAUUACAUCAAAAAAUAUUUAUUAUUUCUUCUCUCUCAAAAAAUUGUGAAAAUGGUUCUAUCCAUGCGUUUCUUUGCUAUUUUCUUUCUUCUAGCUAUGCUUGUCAUGGCUACUGAGAUGGGACCAAUGAGAAUUGUGGAGGCAAGAAAUUGCGAAUCGUUGAGCCAUCGUUUCAAGGGACCAUGUGUGAGCGAUAAGAAUUGUGCCUCGGUCUGUGAGACCGAAAGAUUUUCCAGUGGCAAUUGCCAUGGAUUCCGUCGCCGUUGCUUUUGCACUAAGCCAUGCUAAAUGAGUAUUAAUAAUAAUAAUAAUUUGAAUUAUGAGAAAAAAAUUAUGUACUCUUGAAUAAAGUACUCUAUGAUUGUUCAAAGAUAUAUAUGUAGUGCUAGUUUUGUUUGUAAAACUAGUCGUGAUCUUUGAAUUUAUAUGCAAUUAUUGUGCACUAGACUUUUUAAUUUCUUCAUGUGGUGUA